AUGUCACUCUCCGACUACAACGAAAAGCUCACAAGCUCGCUCGAGCAAGCCAAGCUCGUGCCCGGCUCGGCGGCGGUCCUCAUCCCCGAGGGCUUCAAGCCGACGACCAAGCUCGAUGUGUCGUUUGCAGGCAAGGCCGUCGACGCCGGCAACUUCUUCCGCGCGCGCGAGUGCAAGGUCGCGCCGAGCGUCUCCUUCGCCGCCGAAGCGGACGUGUCGUCGGGCGCAUCCUACACGCUCUUCCUGACGGAUCCCGACGCGCCGACCCCCGACAACCCACAGUUCGCCUUCUGGCGCCACUGGGUCCUCCCCGGGCUCCAACCCCUCAGUGGGGGCGCCGUGGUUGCGGAGACGAAGCCGGCGCUGACAGAGUUUCUCGGACCCGGACCCAAAGAUGACUCAAAGCCGCACCGCUACCUCUUCCUGCUCUAUCGGGAGCCCAACGGCAUGGAUCUCAAGAAAGAAGACGUUGGCGGGGAGGAAUUUGUUCAAAGACGGUCAUGGAAGCCCGCUGAGUUUGCCGAGAAGCAUGGUCUGAAGCUGGUCAGCGUCAACUGGAUGACAUGCGCCGGCGACGGCUGGACAGAGUAA